GGGGCAGGCUGGGUGCCAGAUAAACCAUGACCACUCUACCUGUCGGGGUUUAGCUCUCUGCUGCUUCGGGUUUUGCCUUCUUUCCAGGGACAAGGCCUCCCCAGCAGAAGGCGUACCUGGCUGGCCGGCCCCAAGAGGUUAGCUGCUCCAGGGUAGCCCUUUAAGUUAUACCGCCCUUCCCUCCUGCGGCGAUUGGCAUUCCUGAGGAAACCCUGUGCUGCGGAAUGCCGAAGCGACCGGAGCAGGCUGGUCAUGAUAAUGCAGCGUUUGGGAUGCAGGAUCGAGAUUCCGAGCAACAACCCCUUGGCCCACAGGUAUCCAAAGAGCCUCCCAGCAGCAGAGAGGGGGAACGGGCUUGGUGGGCAUCAUACACCUGUGGCCGCUGGAUGCGGGCCGGUCACACCAUCGAGUCUGGAAGACCCACAGGAGAAUCCACAGUGAGCAAGUACCAGGGGCUAGCUCAGGAUGACAGCGACGUUACAGACGGCUUGGGCAAAAAUCCUAACAGAAAACUACUGGACUACUUCAGAGCCAUUGGGGCCAGUAACCAGGAAAGUGAUGAGGUGGAUCUUCAGUACCUGAGUGAUGUAAUUGCAGAGGGGGCGGAUCCCAAAUCUACAGACAAAUAUGGACAGACAUGUUUGCAUGAGAUCUCGCGGGCCUGGAACGUGGAUGUGAUGCGCUUCUUCCUGGAGAAGGGAGCCGACAUGCAGCAGGCGGACGCCUACGGGGUGACUCCUCUCCACGUGGCCGCAGCCCUAGACUAUAAGGAAAUGAUCUGCUUCCUGCUGGAGAUGCGAGCUGACCUCGGUGCUCAGACCUGCACAGACCUGCAGACGCCGCUACACUUUGCCGCUAAGAACGAUGCCACCGUCGCCAUCAGGCUUCUGCUGCAGCACGGGGCCGAUGUCGGCGCCCGCGACCACAAGCAGAGAACGCCGCUGCAGCUGGCGGCUAACCGCGGCCGCAGCGAAGCUGCACGGGUCCUACUGGAGCUCGGGGCGGACGCCGGUGUGCAGGACUCUGACGGGCAGCUCUGCAUCUCCGCUAUGAUUGACCAGAUGGCUCCUGUGGCCCGUUUGGCACUCAACCAGUUCCACUUGACAGACCGGACAACUCGACAGCAGUUUUAUUACCUGCACCUGCUGGAACCAGAACCGGCCCGGAAAGGGAGCUCGUGUGACUCGGAUGGGAGGAUUGUGAAUGAACCGAUGCCACCGCUGGAGUUCAUCGUGCAGAAAGGGAAGCUAGACCUGAUCAUGCACCCAGUGGUGCUGAAGCUGAUCACGGUGAAGUGGAACCUGUACGGCAGAACUGGUGCCUGGAUACUGUUGAUUUUAAAUUUCCUGUUCAUCGUUUCCUGGACAACGGUUGCCAUUUCAGUGUCCAUGGUCCGAGAUGAGGAGCAUCCUUAUGUUUUUCCUGAGGACUGGUGGAGGGUCCUGGUGGUGAUUCUCGCCCUGGGGCUCACUGUGGCAGAGGUCUCCCGGGAGGUGGCCGAACUGGCUCGCUCCCACAGGAAGCUGCAGAGGUGGAGCAGCUGGCUUGAGCGCCGCGUCCAUGACGACCUGCGCUGCGUGCAUCCCAUGUGGCCCCAGGAGCAGCACUUCCUGGAGAAGCAAAUUGAAUUUGUCAGGAAAAUGAAGCCGGACUACUACCGAGAUCUCUGGAAUGUAUUUGAUUGGCUGGUGUACGUGCUGCUAACGGCGGUCUUUGGAAUCCAUGUGGCCGACGUCCUUAUUGUUGAGACCGCACUGCGAGAGUACAGCCUCCGCCUCUUCGCCGUGACCAUCAUCUUCCUCUGGCUACGGCUGAUGAAACAUGUCAGGGCUUUUAGGGAAAUGGGCCCAUUCAUCGUGAUGCUUGGCAACAUCGUCGGUGACGUCCUCCGGUUCCUCUUCUUGUACGUGGAAAUCUUCAUUCCCUAUGCCUGUGCCUUCUGGAUUAUAUUCGGAGGCAUGGAGGCUGUACCCAGCAUGCAGACAGUCCCCCAACUGCUAUACAGUCUGUACCGCAUUACACUGGUGGACGAGUAUGAGUUUGACGCCAUGGUGGCCAUGGACGCGAUGAUGGCCUACCUGCUCUGCGGAACCUUCCUGGGUCUGUCAGCUAUACUCUGCGUCAACCUGCUCAUUGCACUCCUGUCCGACACCUUCCAAAGGGUGUACGAGAAUGCUCAGGCCAACGGCGUUAUGCAGCAGGCCGCCGUCAUCCUGCAGGUGGAGGAGUCCAUGCCCUGUCUGAGAUCCCUCUGCGACGACCGCUACGUGCAGCGCUGCUGUGCCCCCCUCGGCGAGUUCUGUGACGAGCACUUUGUCACCAAUCCUGAACGUCAUGAAGAGACGAGGAAGAUAGCCGUGGGGGUCAAGGAGACUCUGGAUGAGCUCCUGAAGCUUAACAGGCACAUGUCCCCGCUGGACCUGGAGGAAGGGGGUGACAGGAAGAGAAGACCCAGGUCGGCACUGGUGAACGAGGGACAGUGGCUGAGUACUCUCCAGGAACUGGAGAUGGGCCAGAACCAACUGAGCCAGGAACUAUGCGCACUGACGAAGGACGUGAAGGAGCUCCGAGUUCUAUUACAGAACCUGAUACAGUCCAGUGUAAAGAAUGAGACCACAGAGGAUGCCAGUGAAGGAAGCCCCCCCUCACCACGCCUCAAUAAACUGGUAACCAGCGAACCAGCGAGCGACACAGACCGUGUACCAAGACAUCAGAGACUCUGAGAGCUCCCAGGGUGCAGUGGGUUCCAUGUGACACUGGGAGUAGUCAUGUGGUCUGUUUCCUGGCCAUUAGCCUUCCAGCUCAUGAUACCCUGCUAGAGGGACCAGUAAAACAGCUUUAUUGAUGUAUCAGUCUUGUUAGGGUCAAAAGUAAAAUAUAAUGUGUAUUUAUUAUAAUUAUUAUUUAGAUGACUUAUUAUGUUAUAGUACGGAGCCCCUAAAGUCCCAUAAGGUGUUUAAAUUUUAUUUAUUUUUUUAAUCGCACAAUUUAAUUAUCUUGUGCGCACGAGAUAAUAAAAUUCACCUUAGAGGACUUGGUAUUACAGUAGCCAUAUUUCCAAAGGUACCCAAAAAAUAUUUUUAACGGCUCAAGUUUGACAUUAAAUGUUAUCUAUCCUUUACCAUGAACAAUCAUGUUUUCUAAGCAUAAGGAGAUGGAGAAACAUAGAAACGGGUUAAAUGUCUGCAAUGAAACAGAUCCAAUGACAAAAUAGAGUGCUAUGGAGUUAAAGAAAUUUAAAUACUAUAAUAAAACAUUUUAAAGAAAACAAAA